AUGAUUAUUUUAUUUACAUUUGCGUUGUUGUAUAAGUUCAUGAAGUUCGGCGUUUCGGAUCAUUUUUUCUUUUAUACUUGUGAAGUUUAAAAUCAUUCCUAGAGCCAGUAGAGGCUAGACGUAUUGGCUUAGCGUUCAUGUCAAUCACCCACGUUUGACGACACAUUGCAUUCUCAAUCAGAAAAUGUGUGAGGCCUGGAAGUUGCAGAAGAUGUGAACACUUUAUUUUUAAGGAAGAAAAUAUUGUUUGUGUAGACUGAAUUCUAUGAAACCACUAACAAAUAUGAGUCAUAAUUUAUAAUUAACAUUGAACCACCUGCAAGGGAAACCUAACAGGUAAAUUUUACAGAAAACAAAGAAGCACUUAUUAUAAGGACUAUGGUACGUGUUAAGCGCUCAAGAAUAUUUAUUUUAAAAUAUUCAGUUUUGAUUUUUCUUAGUUUUUGUGCUGUUUUGGGAGUAUAUCGGUUAACAAAACAUAAUGACCAUACAGAGGAUAUUGGGAGUCUUUCAAAAGUAUUGGGUAAUAGGGGUAAUAUAAAAUACCUGAAAAAUCCUAAAAUUAUAUUUCCAAGUAUUGUAAGUACAGAGAAUGAUACUGAAAAAGCAAAUGAUAUGUUUAAAAAAACAGAUACUGCAGCAACAACUAUAAAAGCUCCAAUUAAUAAAAUGAAUGACCAGGAAGCACAGAAGAAAAAAUCUAUCGUUAAUAGAUUUGGAUUUAAUAUUGACUUAAAUACAUCAGCGGAGCCAAAUUACAAUGUUCAUGUCUUUUACUACCCAUGGUAUGGCAAUCCUGAGCAUGAUGGGAAAUUUCUGCACUGGAAUCAUGCCAUUAUCGAGCACUGGAACAAACAAGAAGCCCUCAAGUGGCCCAAAGGCAUGCAUAGUCCGCCAGAUAAUGUUGGAGCAAAUUACUACCCCUUGCUUGGGGCUUACAGCUCUAAGGAUCCAGAAGUUGUUGACAUUCAUAUGCAGAUGUUGAGAUAUGCAGGAAUUGGUGUUGUGGUGGUGUCCUGGUAUCCAUCUGGAGAUGCUGACAAUGAGGGCUUGGAACCAGACAGUCUCGUUCCCCUUCUCUUGGACGCCGCACAAAAAUACAGUCUCAAGGUUGCCCUGCAUGUCGAGCCAUUUAAAGAACGUGAUGAUAUUACGAUGCGAGAGCAGUUAAAAUACAUAAUUAGCAAGUAUGGCAGCCAUCCAGCGUUUUACAGAACCAGUCACAAAAACAAAGUCAACCUUCCACUGAUUUACAUUUAUGACUCGUAUCUCAUAGGUGCUGAUAAAUGGAAGAACAUUUUUACUGAAGGUGGAUCACUUAGUGUAAGGGGUACAGAAUUUGAUGCUAUAUUUAUAGGAUUGCUGGUUGAAAAUAAGCACCUCAAUCAUGUCAUUGCCUCAGGUUUUGACGGGGUUUAUACAUAUUUUGCUACAAAUGGUUUCACAUAUGGCAGCACGUGGACAAAUUGGCUUCAAGUGAAAAAAUGGGCAGAAAGCCACGGGUUACUCUUCAUACCCAGUGUUGGACCUGGAUAUAUUGAUACGGAAAUCCGACCAUGGAAUGCGAUGAAUACUAGGAAAAGACUAGGAGGAAAGUACUACAGCGAGUCAGUACAGAAUGCUUUGGCCGUUCAUCCAGAUAUAAUUUCUAUAACGUCUUUCAAUGAAUGGCACGAGGGCACUCAAAUUGAGCCUGCAAUAAGGAAAUCCUUUCUGUCUCGAUCUUAUGAAGACUAUGAGCCCCAGGGUCCGAUGUUCUACCUCAACGCUACCCGGAAUUGGGUUGACACAUUCAGACGUGCUUCUUGAAAUAACAUUUGAUUGUAUAAACAAUAAAAUGAUCCCUGUCAUGUUAAAAUGGGUCUAAAAUGCCAUAUACUUUGCAAAGCCUGGUCAGGAGCUACAAUGUCCGCUAUGUAGUAAAGGUUUUGUGGUCUUACAAGCAGACAGGUUUGCUACACUGCAUAUUGCAUACGACCCAUCGUAUGAUGCAGGUCAAAUGACUUUGGUGAAGGUGUGUUAAAAUGAGUCGUGUUCUGAGAAAACUGGGCAUAAUGCAUGUGCGUAAAGUGUCAUCCCAGAUUAGCCUGUGUAGUCUGCACAGGCUAAUCAGGUACGACACUCCACUUUUAUGGCAUUUUUAGUUUCAAGGAAGUCCUUGCUUACCAAAAAUCAAGUUUAGGCAAAAAGUGUCGUCCCUGAUUAGCCUGUGCCUACUGCACAGGCUAAUCUGGGACGACACUUUACGCACAUGCAUUAAGCCCAGUUUUCUCAGAACACGGCUCAAAUAUACUUUGUUAUUAGCAUGUUGGAGAUAUAUUUGUUACAUUUUAUUAUAUUGUUGUAUAUUCUUUGUUUGUUGUGAUAUGAUAACAGUUGACAAUCAAGUAAGCAGUAUUAAUUAACAUAAUUGUUAGCAUUCAUUAAUUGAGUCAUUGUUGGUGCAAUGCAACAAUUAUUAGAUAAAUAAAUAGAGAUAUGAUCAAUAAAUAGAUAGAGAAAUCAUCAAUUUUAAGCAAUAUUAAGCCUUCUUUAAUGUUGUCAUAAGAUGUCAUAAGCCUUGUUUAGUAAUCCAGCUUGUUAUUGCCACAUUUACAAAUGCUGGCCAUUUUGAGUCACGACAAUGUGAGUUUUCAAUGGUUUAGUUGAUACUGUUUUGUUUUGGCCAAUGUGAAUAAUUUAUUAAUAUGAAUAUUCAAUGUCAUGUCGUUUUUGUUUUAUGUAAUAAUGCGCUUUAAAAAGUAAAUGAUUAGAUUAUGACUGUCUUUUCUUUUAUUCUACAUUUGUUAUUUUAGGUGUUCUUUAUAAAGAACAAUAUUUGUUAUUAAAAUAUUUCUAUACAUUUGUUGUGUGAAUGAUAAUUUAUGUUUUAUAUUAGCAAUACAGUUUAUGUUGGAUUUUUCAUUUACAUUCCAGUUAGGGAAAACAUCGCAUGUGAGUAAAGUGUCAGCACAAGCUAAUCAGGGACGAUGCUUUCUGUCUAGACUGAAUUUUUGUUGACAAGAGACUUCCUUUCAAUGAAAAAUUCCAUAAACGCAGAAUGUGUCGUUCCUGAUUAGUCUGCGCAGAUGACACUUUACACACGUGCAUGUAGCCCAGUUUUUCCAGUGUGCAGUUCUGUGAUUGUUAAAGAUUAGCUUGAUUUGAUUAUGUUUUUUAUGUAACUUGUUAUUCUACAUGUAUUUGUUAUUUUGGGUGUACUUUAUAAAGAAAAAUAUUUGUUAUUUAAAUAUUUCUAGAAAUGUGAUGUGUGAAUGAUAAUAUAUGUUUUAUAUCAGCAAUACAUUUUAUGUUGGAUUGUUUAUUUACAUUCCUGGGAAUGGGAAUGCUAGGGAAAACAUCACAUGAUUAAACUGUCGGUACAAGCUAAUCAGGGACAAUGCUUACUGUCUAGACUGGACUCUUGUUAACAAGAGACUUCCUUUCAAUGAAAAAUUCCAUUAACGCAGAAUGUGUCGUUCCUGAUUAGCCUGUGAAAACGACACUUUACACACAUGCAUGUAGCCCAGUUUUUCCAGUGUGCAGUUCUGUGAUUGUUAAAUAUAACCUGGCAUUGUUUAAGACCUUAUUUUCAAAUGCAAGAAACCCAUAUGCAUAUCAAUCUAAAAUGUCAAAUUCAUUGAACUGUUUUCUGUACCUGUUGUGAAAAAUGUAAAAAAUAUUCUGCAAUUGAAAAAAAUAUGUUGUUACCAUCUUGCCCACUUUUGUAUGGGGAAAACCCCACCUUUAAACCAGUGUUACCCUCUUGCCCACUUUUGUAUGGGAUAAAAUACCACCUUUAAACCAGUGUUACCCUCUUGCCCACUUUUCUAUACAAUAAAAUACC